AUGACAAAGAUGAAAGAGCCACGUCGGCGCAGCUAUAACAGCACUCUGACGAUUCCUCAUGUCGUGAGGCCUGUGGAGGAAAUCACUGAGGCUGAACUGGACAACAUCUGUGUCAACGCCAGAGAGAAGAUUUACAACCGGGCCACUGGAUCCACCUGCCAUCAGUGUCGGCAAAAAACAACCGACACCAAGACCAGCUGCCGCAACCCAGAAUGCGUGGGAGUUCGUGGGCAGUUCUGCGGGCCUUGUCUCAAGAACAGAUAUGGAGAAGACGUCCGUGAUGCCCUCCUGAGCCCGGAGUGGCUUUGCCCCCCGUGCAGGGGCAUCUGUAACUGCAGUUUCUGCCGUGCCAGAGAGGGCCGCUGUGCUACAGGUGUGCUCGUGUACCUGGCCAAAUACCACGGCUAUGAUAAUGUCCACUCCUAUCUGAAAAGGUAA